AUGAAGCUUUGUAAAACUUUUCUCGAAAAUGAGUUCAGAGGGCAGCUGCUGAACCAAAGGUGGACUAGAGGGGACCGAGUCAGCAGCUGUGAGAGCAAGAGGAGCAAGAGAAUCAAAAUGAGUCAAAACACUGAAGACAAACGAACACGGACACGCUCCAAAGGCAUCAGAGUUCCACUUGAGCUGGUUGGACAAGAAUACAGCUGCCCUACUCCUGGAUGUGAUGGUCUGGGCCAUGUCAGUGGGAAAUAUGCACGACACAGAAGUGCACUGAGUUGUCCACUGGCCAAGAAAAGGAAACUUCAGGAGGCAGAGGCAGAGGCAGAGGCAGAAGACAAUCAGCCAGCCACAAAGAAGAAGUCCAACCCCCUGAAGCUGGCUAUGGAUGAUGGUUUCAAUGCAGACAGUGAUGCAAGCAGUGAGGCAGAGCCAAAAGAGGAAGGGGUGGACUCUGAUGAUGAUGCAGUUGAGAAAGAGGAGGAGCCUAAAGAGAAAGAACAGCCAUCAGAACCAAUGCCAGAAGAAUGCUCCCCUGUAGAUCCAGAGGAGAAGGAACCUGUGAUCACACAUUCUGCUACUUCAACACCGGAGCAUGCAACUGAAGAAGUCCAGGACAAGAGUGACCCCACACCCAUUCAAGUUACCAUGGAGACUGAGAGUGCAGAGGGGCUACAGGUUGCUGCAGAGAUUCAGACUGGAGAGGAAGAGGAGGAGGAGGAAGAAGAGGAGAUGACAGAGGAGGAUAGAAUGACUCAGCAGUUAAAAACUGACAACAACCCAGUACAGGUAGAGGAGGAAGAAGAUGACGAAGAAGAUGAAAUGGAAGAAGAUGACCCACAAUGUUCCAGCCAGAAGAACAACUCAGACCACCAGUACUUCAGUGGAGACUUCCACAAACUCCAGGCCAAAGAUGCUGAAGAAGAGAAGGACAUUGAUGAUGCCGAAGGUGAUGCCGAUGAAGAAGAGGAACAGAUCACAGGAGAGCCCGCUGUUUCUCCCGCCACCCCAUCCACCAGCAUUCCCACUCAGGAAUCAGAAUCUGAGGUGAUGGCAUGUAACAAUGGAAAACCAGACACUCCUGUGACUGAGGAAGAGGGAGAAGAUGAAGAAGAGGAUGAUGAGGAGGAAGAACAAGAGCACACCUCUGACAAAACUUCACCAACCAUGGUCAUUGAGCUACGCUCUGAUGAAGAGGUGGACGAAGAAGAGGACGAUGAUGAUGAGGAAGAGGAAGAAGAAGUGGAUGAAGCAGGUGAUGAGGAAGUAGACAGUGUAUCUCAGAGAUCUGAGGUCACGGAUGAGUCAGAGACAUACGACAUGACUCGGGGAAACCUGGGAUUGCUGGAACAGGCUAUUGCUCUGAAAGCAGAACAGGUAAGCCGUGGAUCUGAGGAAGGCCAUUCUCCUGAACAACAACACUAUUGCAGCCCAGAUGAGAAGGGCAGCAAGACCACAGACACAGGAGCACGCAGAGGAUACUACAACAAAGAGAGUUCCAGAUCAGAGAAGAAAGAGGUUAAGUGUCCUACCCCAGGGUGCGAUGGGACAGGUCAUGUGACUGGGCUGUAUCCUCACCACCGUAGUCUCUCUGGUUGCCCACAUAAGGACAGGGUCCCUCCUGAAAUCUUGGCCAUGCAUGAGAACGUUCUUAAAUGUCCAACACCUGGAUGCACAGGGCAGGGUCACGUCAAUAGCAACCGCAACACCCAUCGCAGUCUCUCUGGUUGCCCAAUCGCUGCGGCAGGGAAGCACUCCAAGAGCCAUGAGAAGCAGACCCAGCCCCAGCCAUCAGUGAGCGAGCAGUCAACUGUUGGCCCUCACUCAGACAGAGUGCUCAGGCCCAUGUGUUUUGUGAAACAGCUGGAGAUCCCUCAGUAUGGUACCUACAGACCCAAUGUGGUGCCAGCUACACCACGUGCCAAUCUAGCUAAAGAGCUAGAGAAGUACUCCAAGGUAUCUUUCGACUAUGCAAGCUUCGACGUACAGGUGUUUGGCAAGCGUAUGCUUGCCCCAAAGUUGCCCACCAGCGAAACUUCACCCAAAGCCUUCAAAACAAAACCACUCCCCAAAGCCUCAUCUCCCAGCCACAGCCUGACUGGAGGCUACACAAAGAGCAGCUCCUCUUCCACCUCUAGUGGAUAUGACUAUUCCCACGAUGCCGAGGCUGCUCACAUGGCAGCCACUGCCAUCCUUAACCUGUCCACACGCUGCUGGGAGAGGCCUGAGAAUCUCAGCACCAAACAACAGGACCCAACUAGCCAGGAUAUGGAUAUCGAAGUGGAUGAGAAUGGUACUCUGGAUCUCAGUAUGAAGAAAUCCAAGAGAGAUGGAGUGAGGUCACCUGACCCCUCUUCUUCCUCCUCUUCCUCAUCACAACAACACGGUACAGUCACCUCACCAAACUCCAGCCACGCCUACAAACAGGAAGAGUGGGAAGGACCUCUGGACUACACCAAGUCAAGCCGACAGAAGGAGGAGGAGCCUGAGGAGGCGGACUACACCACACGCUCCUAUGCUUCCUCAGAUGGAGAGGAGGAGGAUGCAGGACAGGAGAGCCUAGAGGACAGGAAAUACCCUGGUGAAGUCACAACAUCAAGUUUCAAAGUCAAGUUCCCAUCCAAGGAAUGCAAGAAAGAAGUCUUGCUAUGUCCCACCCCAGGUUGUGAUGGCAGUGGUCACAUAACAGGGAACUAUGCCUCUCACCGCAGUCUCUCUGGGUGUCCUCUUGCUGAUAAAAGUCUUCGGACCCUCAUGGCUGCCCAUACUGCUGAACUGAAAUGUCCCACCCCUGGCUGUGAUGGAUCAGGUCAUAUUACUGGAAACUAUGCCUCCCAUAGAAGUUUAUCUGGAUGCCCACGUGCCAAAAAAGGAAUAAAAACCACCCCUACCAAGGAUGACAAGGAGGACUCAGAGCUCAUAAGGUGUCCAGUGCCAGGUUGUGACAGCCUGGGUCACAUUAGUGGGAAGUAUGCCACCCACCGCAGUGCCUAUGGUUGCCCCCUGGCAGCCCGCAGACAGAAAGAGGGCAUGCUGAACGGUACACCUUUCUCCUGGAAGGCGUUUAAGACCGAGGGUCCUACCUGUCCCACGCCAGGCUGUGAUGGUUCUGGUCAUGCCAAUGGAAGCUUCCUUACCCAUCGCAGUCUGUCAGGCUGUCCCAGAGCGUCAGCUAAUAAGAAAAGAGCGAGGUUCCCAGGAGACGAAUACAUCAGCAAGAAAUUCAGAGCAAGCGAUGUCUUGGACAACGAUGAAGAUAUAAAACAACUGAACAAAGAGAUUAGUGAACUUAAUGAGUCCAACUCAGAGAUGGAGGCAGACAUGGCCAACCUACACACACAGAUCUCAUCCAUGGAGAAGAACCUGAGGAACAUGGAGGAGGAGAACAAGCUGAUUGAGGAGAGGAAUGAAGCACUGUUCAUAGAGCUGUCUGGACUGAGCCAGGCUCUUAUCCGCAGCCUGGCCAACAUCCGCCUCCCGCAUAUACAGGAGCCAAUCACUGAGCAGAAUUUCGACACAUAUGUUGACACUCUGACCCAAAUGUUUACCAACAAGGAGUGCUAUCAGAACCCAGAGAAUCGAGCUCUGCUGGAGUCCAUUAACCAGGCUGUGAAAGGCAUUGAAGUGUGA